UCUAUGGAUGGAGUUCUUCCAGUCAGUGGAGAAAACUGACUCUUUGAUCGUGGUGUACGUGGUGCUGAUGAUGAUCAUCUUCGUGACGGGGACGGCGGGCAACGUCGUGACGUGCGUGGUGAUCUACAGCGACCGCAGUAUGCACACCGCCACUAACUACUACUUGUUCAACCUGGCUGUGUCUGACCUGAUCGCGCUGUUCACUAUUUUCCUAGACGUGUGCUAUUACAGCGAUCUGCUCUCGAUAUCGUCAGAUUCGGUCGGCAACAUCAUUUGUAAACUGGAGUGUUACACAGUAGGCGUUUUAUGGAACAACGGUGUGUUGAUAUUGACAGUGCUAGCGAUAGAGCGCUACUUCGCGAUAAAACAUCCUUUGGCUGUGAAGCGUGGUGGCGCGCGGCGACGCGUCGCCUACGUGAUGGCGGGCGUGUGGAGCGCGGCGCUGCUGGAGACGCUGCCCGACCUGUUUGUGGUGAGGCUGAUGCGCACGCGCUCCGGGCCCGUGUGCUUCGUGCCGGUGUCGCGCUACAACCAGCUCGCCAGCGCGGCCGCCGCCGUGUGCGGCUUCCUGCUGCCGCUGGCGAUCAUGGUGUACGUUUAUGUCGUCAUCGCGCUCACUGUUAACGCCAGAGACAGAAGUUCUUGUGAGGAUAACGUGUUCGAUCGCAGGAACAGCAAGAAGAAGGUCAAUAAACAUAUCAUGGCGCUGACGCUGUCGUUCCUGGCGUGCUGGCUGCCGUACUGCGGGUUCCGCAUGGUGUACGCGCUCGGGGAGCCGCGGCUGCUGGUCGCGCUGGCGCAGCACUGGCAGGCGUGGUUCAUGGCGGUGUCGCUGGGCGCGUGGGUCAGCUCCGUGCUCAACCCGCUGCUGUUCAGCCUCGCCUCUUCCAAGUUCAGGAAGGCGCUCAAGAAACUGUGGCACACGAAAUUUAUGAGGCGUACUAAUACUCGUAUGGAGCGGGUCCCGGCCUGGAGUCCCGUCGACACACACAGAUGAACAGGGGUUGGGCGAAACUCUGCGAACAAUUCAAUCAAGACAUAUCUAUCUAAAUAUAAA